AUGGAUGGUCGCCAUGAGCAAGGUCUCGUGGCGUGGGCAAACACGUUCAGCUCUUCCUUCCCAGAAGGGGCAGCACCGGCAGCCUCUUUGGCGCACUUCACCAACGGCGAUGCUCUCAUCCCGAUCGCCCGCACUAUCUUAGGCGACAACCACGAUGACCACGACAGCGAUGGGCAAGCAACCGCUUCUGGGUGGGCCGGCGUCAUCUCGUAUCUGCAUUCGGCCGAUUUGAUCGAGAAAGAUCUUCAAGUCCCCACCGAGGAAGACAGCAAGAGAGACAUGGCAGUUACGUGUCUGGAGGCCUUGUUGCACCACACUUGCCAAGACACUUGCGCCGGCCGGGCGACCUUCAUCCGCCAAAUCAUGUCCCUCGACACCGACGUGCAGAGCGUUCUGAGGCAUGUCGUGGCCGGCGAGGAGCCGUUGGACGAAGACGGCGACGCGAGUAGCUCUGAAGCCGGCUCGCCUUACAGGGAUGACCGCGAUGGCGGCGCCAGCAGAAGCUUCGCGGGAUCCCCCGCCGCGAUCGCGGCGGCACACCUCUCUCCUGGCAGCGGCGCCAGCCGCAGGCGCCGCACUAGCAUCACCACCAGCGGGUCGUCCUACGACAGCAGCCACUCUGACGAAGAAGACGGACUGGGAUUGGAGAGCUGGUACUCGCCGCACCCAAGGAGGAGCGCCCGCCGGAAGUCAAAGGUCCCGACAGGGGGCGGGACGGGGGGACGCGCGGCGCGGGUGGGGCCCAGGCCGCCGCGCCAGGGGCGCACCCUGGACAUGGAAGAAGCCGAAGAAGCUCUUGUCGGAGCGACCGCGACCUCUGCUACACCGUUACCCCCUCCUGCACCACCUGCGAGUUGCCCGGCCGGCUGGACUGUUACUGCCGUGGAGGUUGUCGACCUCAAGGCCGAGGUGUCGCGACUGAAAGACCAGCUCGAACGCGCCGCCGCCGCCCGCGCGGAAGCGGUAUCAGUCGUCGAAGCCCAGCGCGACGCGGCCGCCGAAAGGGCUGAAGAGCUGCGGGAGGACCUCUGGAAGGCCCGGCAGGCGGCAGAGAGGGUGACAAUCUCCGAGGAGGACGCCGUGAUCGCGGUGGAAAGGGAGGUGCGAGCGGAGUUCGAGAAGGAGAUGGCCGUGUUGAAGGAGAGGGCUACCGAGGCCGAAGAGAGGGCGUCGGCUUUGGAGUCGUUCGAGGAGGAGGUCCUGCGCUUGCGAGACGACGUGGACAUCCUCAGGCCCGCCGAGGCGAAGCUUUCUAAGCUGGAGGACACCCUCUCAAAGUACCGCGAGAAGAUCGAGGAGCUGAGUGGCUUGCCGGGCCAGCUCAAGAGAGAAGAGAAGGCGCACGCUGAGGUGCUCGAUCGCUGCCUGAGGCUGGAGACCGAAGUGACCCAGAUCCCCCAGCUGAGGCGACAGGUGGGUCAAUACCGCCGCUCCCAGACGGACAUGGAGGUGGCCAGCCGCGAACAGUCGCGGGAGCUCGAGACGGCCCGGGAGGAAUCGGCGCGGCUGUCGCAAGAGGUUAAAGAUCUCAGGGAAAGUUAUGAGGCCGCGAGGGGCGAGCAGCGGAGGCUCCAGGAGAGGUGGACCGCCAGGGACACGGAGGGGUCCGACGAUGAAUGGGCCGGGGGGGGCAUCGGGGAAGGUGGGCAUGGGUUCCUUGGAGCAGAGCUGCUUGGUGGUGUUUUCGCAGGCCAAGCUGUCGUAGGUAUCUCGGAGUUUAACCCGGAGCUGAUGGAGGAAAUGGCAAGGCUUCGACUUGCUAACGAGCAGCUGAAGGCUAAGGUGGACUACAACACCGAGGAGACCAUCCUGGACCUGGAGCGGAAAGCCGGGGACGCCAGCCGUCUAGCGGACAAGUUCCAUGACAGCCUGGCCUCGGAGCGGGAGGUCCGCGCCGCCGCUGAGCUUUCACUCGCCGAAGCUCGGGCUCGCAUCGCCGACCUCGAGUCCCAGAUCGUCGCCCUGCGGGAAGAGCACCUGGCGACGGUCACCCGCCUGGAGGGGGAGUCUGAGCGGCGGGAGGAGGGGCUACGGGGAGAGAUGGCGGCGGCGGCGGGAGCGGCGGCGGCGGCGGCGGCGCGAGUGGAAGAGGAGAGGAGCGGGGAGAGGGCGGAGUUCCGCGAAGCAGCGGCGAGGGAGGGGGAGCGAGCGGCCGCCGAGCUUGCGGCAGCCCGGGAGGCACACGAGAAGGAGAAGGGGGAGUCGGCGAGGAAGGAAGAGGAGGCCGCCAGGGAGCUCGCGGACGCGAGGCUGGCUUUCGAGAGCCGGGUAGCGGAGGUCGAGAAGGAGCUGGAGGGUAAGCUGCAGGAGGAGAGGAGGUUGGCCGCGGAGGAAUUGGCGGUGGCUAGGGAGAGGACGGCGGAGGAGGAGAAGGGGCGUUCGGAGGAGGCGCGGAUGAAGGAGGAGGCCGAGCGACAGUUGCGAGAGCUGGCGGAGAAGUUUUCAACGGGUAAGCAAGAGGCUCUGAAGGCCAUCGGCCGCCUCGAGACCAACGCUCGCGACCAGAGGGAGGAGUCGGCGUUGCUGCUGCAGGAGCAGAUGGCGGAUCACGAAGCGAAGAUGGCUGCUUUGUCCGGCGAGUUCGCCAGGUACCGCGAGACCCACACGGUGGACGACAUUUCGUACAACCAAGACGUAGACCAAUGGGAGAUGAGCAUCGCCACCAAGAAGAAGAUGAUCGGAGAUCUCCAGGGUCAACUGCGCGCCUUAGAGAAGGACAAGCGCAAGCUCGAGCGCGAGAAGACUUUCUACUGGGGACGGGCGGAGGAGCUCAGGAUGUCCGCGGCCGCGGGGGGUAGGGCGGACCCCUCCAGAGACGCCGAUCACUUGCAGCUGGUCGAGCAGACGAGGGAGCUUAUCGAGGAGAACCGCGAGCUGAGGCAGAGGGCGCAGGAUAAUAGCGAUGGCGGUGGUGCGAUGAGCACGCGCAGUGGUGGAAGGUGGGGAAGCAGCGGCGUGGCGGCGAUGAGGGCGGAGCACGAGGCCGAGAUGACCGCGCUCAAGGAGGAGAAGCAGGACCUGCUGCUCAAGUACCACGCCACCUCCGCCAAACUCAACGAGGAGCAGCAGCGGUGCGCCGAGCUGAACGGGGAGGUCGAGGAGGCCCGCGCCCAGUUCGUCUCGCUGCAGCUGGUGAACAAGAGGCAGGAGAAGAAGCUCCAAGACUCUAUCGCGACUUCCGCUCGGAUGACAUCACCGGCAACCGGCAGCAGCAGCAGCAUCGACGACGACCCCUCCACCCAGAAGGAGAACCGAGCAGCGGUUCGCCGGCCUUCAUCGUCUUCGUCAUCGGCACGCCACCUCCGGAGCCGGGCUGGCCGGGGAGGAUCCAAGGACAAGGGCGUCGAGCUGAGCCUCAAGGGCGUUGAAGGUGGGGGUUCCACCAAAGGAGGCUACGACGGUAGCGGGGCCGCCGGCGCUGCGCCCGGCGGACGGGGGCCACUUCGCGGCCUGGGCAAUGCGAGGCUGCAGGAGGAGGCACUGGUGUUGGACAACAAAAAGGCGGUGUUGGACAAGGAAGCGGGGGUGUUGGCGCGGGUUGGGCGGGUAGAUGAGGAUACUCCGCCGGAGUGUGUUCAGUCCUAGGCACGGGCGGGAUUUUUCGGACCAAGAGUUUUGUGAGUCAUGAGGGCCAGGGUCUUCGUCUCAUGUAUGUCUGGUCACGAGGUGUGUCGUGCGAUGUGUACUGUGUUACGAGCAUCCGUGCCCUGCUUGAAGAAGCGACAUUGGUCAACUCUCGAGUGAUAGCGGUGUCAAAGAGAAGCUUAGCUUUCCCCAGAAGGGGUCUCCCACACUUCCUACAGUUUUCCCAAAUGACCCAUGGGACUCCCAUGGGUGACCCAUUGCCCAUGGGCACCCCGUUAGGCCCAUGGGCAGCCCAAUUGGUGACCCAUGGGCAUGCUCAUGCCGAUGAGCAUGAGCAUGCCCAUGGGCGGCCAAUGAGAGCCCUUCAACCGAACCAGUGUACUCCUAAACAAUAUAUUAUCUGCUUAGGAACGGGCACUAUAGCGGUUAACAACCCUAACUCUAACCCCAACCCAAACCCCAAGCCCGCAUGAUACGUGCUAGGUUAGCGCUGGUGGCUAAGUCCUACGUUGAUGUGAAGGUGGCUAAGUUCUAGGUUGAUAUGCUGGUGGCGAAGUUCUAGGUUGAAAUGCCCACGGUGGGCACUUCAUCCGCCGCCCAUGGGCACUUCCUGGGCGGCCCAUAGGUGAUCCCAUGGGUGUCCCAUGGGCGGUUUAGCAAUACUAUCAGUAGGGUGGGAGAUUUGGAGGGUAUGGUCUCCGGUAUUUAUAAGACGCGUUGUGCUGUGUAUGCUUGGUGAUAUAUUUUCUCUGGCCUGCGCGUUCUUGCAUCGUUGUCCGUUCGAGUGACCUCAACAACGGUCUUCUGGACCACCGAAAAGUUUUGCGAUUUUUUCACCCCGAAGUGCUUCAGGGACGCGAUCAAACCGGCCGGGGAGUCAUGUACGUCAGGGUGGGUUGGGCGCUGAGUCCCAAGAACCAAUAGUCUAAGUUGUGGCAUAUGGUGUUGUUGAUGUUUUUGUCGAAGGGGAGGGUUCUGCGGCGUGCAGGCGAUGAAAACGGCACCCGGUGCGGCGGCACGCUGAUUCCUUCUUCCAUUGGUUGGCUGCACUUAUAGGAAGCUCUUCAUUGUGUUUCCCCUUGCCCCCUUUUUCCGCGCAACGAGCGUCCACGCGCUUGAAGAUUGGUGCCUUGGGUUUGGAAGGGUGUUGUCGAAAUGCUUGACGACUUUUCGGGGGGCUGCCACCAUGAUCGUCCAGAGUGAAGCACGGUCAUCCCUCCCCCAGUUAGGACAACUUUUUUAUCACAAGCAUGGUGGCUCGCAGAAUG